CCCACAGCCCUGGACGCAGGGUAAACAGCCCAGAGCCUCUGCUCAAAGGGAAACAAAAGAGACAGCCUGUGUUCCCAUGGCUAUGGCCAGCACCUUCAUACCCGGGCUGAACCCUCAGAAUCCUCAUUAUAUCCCAGGGUACACCGGACACUGCCCACUGCUUCGGUUCAGCAUGGGCCAGACCUAUGGGCAGAUGACCGGUCAGCUACUCCGGGGAGCUCCUGGCAUAGCCUGGCCCCCUGCCCAUCGCAUACUUCUGCCUCCCAUUCGGCCUCCAAGAUCUCCUGAGGUUCCUCGUGGAAGCCUGCCUGUCAGGCGUGGGCACAAGAGGCUCAGUUCCAGCAUGAUCCCUGGGUACACAGGUUUUAUCCCCCAGGCACAGUUCAUCUUUGCCAAGAACUGCAGCCAGGUCUGGGCUGAGGCUCUGAAUGAUUUUACUCAGUGGCACGGAGAACAAGGGAGUCAGGAGCUGUCAAAGCAGGUCAAGGGAGAAGAUGUGGAGGAAGACCAAGAAUCAGAGCCAAAGCUGAAGCCAGAGCUGGAGGCGCAAGGGGCAGAGCUGGGGCAGGAGGCAGGACAAGCUUCCCCCUAUUCCAUGGAUGACGGAGAUCCUCACAAGUUCUUCAUGUCAGGUUUCACUGGCUAUGUGCCCCGUGCCCGCUUCCUCUUCGGCUCCAGCUUUCCUGUGCUCACCAACCAGGCACUGCAGGAAUUUGGACAGAUGUGCUCACAGGGCAAACCCCAGAAGGAUCUCAAACAUCUCCCCCCAAUUUCAAGGACCUACCCUCAGAACCUGGGUCUUUUGCCUAACUAUGGGGGCUAUGUGCCAGGAUAUAAGUUCCAGUUUGGCCGCACAUACGGGCAUCUCACCCAGGAUGCUCUGGGCCUCAGCGCCAUCCAGAAGCAGCUCGUGGCGUAGGUACCUGGACUUCAAACUCCUCCUUCCCUUUUCAUGUAUCCCAGCCAUGCUUUUGGAAGAGAGAGAGAUGGGCUGGAGGGUAGGGGGAGGCACAGAGAGAAUGGUUUGGAGGCCAAGCACCUUUUUUAUUAAUAGGUGUAAUAAAUAAAUAAAUAAAUAC